AUCAUGAGUUUACAAUAUCAUAUCUAGGUUAUCGUUUUGAAGCUGGAUUUGUUUAGUUGGAAUCACAACGUUGCGUCGUUUAAAUCAAAAAGUAACAUGUUCCGUAUUAUACUUUUCGUAAUUAUUUUUGCAUCAACUGGCGCCGAAAAAGAUCUUAUUCUACAACUAGAAGAUGGUUUAGUUGAGGGAUUUUAUAAAACUUCUUAUAACGGACGUAAAUUCGCAUCGUUUGAAGGAAUUCCUUUUGCGACACCUCCUAUACAAAAAUAUAGAUUUAGGUCCCCACAACCUGCACAAAAAUGGAACGGAACUUUAUUAGCAAAUCAACUUUAUACAUGCCUACAACUAGAUCUAGCUGGAGAAAAAGUACUUGGUACUGAAGAUUGUCUUUACAUCAACGUUUAUGUUCCAAAAGAAAAAAUUAAUCGUGAAGAUAAAUUAGAUGUUAUCGUUCACAUUCAUGGAGGUGCUUUUAUGUUUGGAAAUGGCCACAGUAACUCAGGUCCAUCCAAAAUUAUGGACCGUGAUGUAAUCUUUGUUAAUUUUAAUUAUCGUCUUGGUCCAUUUGGAUUUUUAGCCACCGAAGAUGACGUUUUUCACGGUAAUUACGGUAUGAAAGACCAAAUCUUAGCUUUAAAAUGGGUUCAAGCAAACAUAGAACAUUUCGGCGGAAAUAAAGAUUCAGUUACAAUUAUUGGUGCAUCUGCUGGUGGAGCUAGUGUACAUUUACAUUAUUUCAAUUGGGACACUGAGGAAGUUUUAUUUCAUAGAGGGUGGGCUCAAAGUGGGGCCGCUUUAAAUCCUUGGGCGGUAAGAAUGAGUUCUUGGCCAAACGCAAAGAAAUUAAUUAACGAUGUUGGGUGUAAAGAUGAAAAUAUUAAAGUGACUUUGAGGUGUAUGAGACAAAGAAGCGCUUUACAAAUCGCCGAAAGUGUAAAUGGGCUUUAUUUGAAACCAUUGUUGCCUUUAGCACCUUUUGCACCAAAUUCUGAAUUAAUGAGUACGAAUAAUCAAGAUCCUUUUUUGAUAACUCCACCUUUUGUGCAACUUAAAAGUGGUCAUGUUUUGGAUCGACCUUUAAUUAUUUCUCAAGUUACGGAUGAGGGAAUAAUUCCAUCAGCACUGUAUCAUAACAAUUUAGAAGAAAUUGAUAGAGAUUGGAAUAAGUUAGCACCAUACAUAUUGGAAUUUUACCAUGCUCCAGAAGAAGAUUGGGUGGAAAUUUCCGAAAAAAUCAAAGAAUUUUAUUUUAAAGGAGAAAAUAUCACCAAAUCUAACUUUGAAUCGUUUCUAAAGGUUUGUACCCAACGUCUAUUUCAUAUGGGAGCUGAAAAAUCAGCAAAGAUGCAAGCCAACAUUUCUAAUUCUAACGUUUACUUUUUGAUGUUUGGUUAUCUCGGAGCUGGAAAUCUAAUAAAGACAUUUUAUAAUGCUGAUAUAGAGGCUGUGGGGCAUGGAGAAGACGGAAAAUAUUUCUAUGAUAUGGAAAUACUGGAAGAUGCAACAUUAUCUCCGGAAGAAGAAAAAAUGAAAGAUAUUUUGUUAGAUUUUUUGGUUUCUUUUGCUAAAACAGGCAAACCAACUUCUGCUGAUAUUAAAUGGAAUCCAAUUCCUAAAGAAGGAAAUUUAAAAUAUUUAUUUAUUAAGAGUCCGGAUGAUAUCCGAAUGAAAUCUACAAAACGUUUGGGAGCUUACGAAUUUUGGAAAUCGUUGGGAAUUAAAGAAGAGGACAACCUGUAUCAUUUUACUUCGGCAGGAAUUGAAAUAAAAUGAUUUAAAAUGAAGUUUUAUUAUAAUUACAAACCAAAAAAUAUAAUG